AUGAUAGUACUAAUUUGCAGAGGAAGUAGUACUGAUAUGUCGGUGCAGGAAGCAUUCAAGAAACAUGGAGUUGUCCCGGACGUUGUGUCAGUUGGUCCCACUAAACUUGCUGAUGUUUCGUAUGAUGGCCACAAAGUGAAUUUGGGCAAUGAACUGACACCAACACAAGUGAAAGAUCAGCCAAAAGUUUCAUGGGAUGCAGAAGCCGGGAGUUUAUAUACUCUUGUCAUGACAGAUCCUGAUGCACCUUCGCGAAAAAGUCCGAAAUUCAGAGAAUGGCACCACUGGCUCGUGACCAACAUUCCUGGACAUGAUGUUAGCAAAGGUGAUGUGUUGUCUGAAUACGUUGGGUCUGGUCCACCACAUGGUACAGGGCUUCAUCGUUAUGUGUUCUUAGUUUAUAAACAACCGAGUAAAAUUGCGGAUGCUGAACACGGGCAUUUGACAAAUAGAUCGGGAGCUAAUCGAGGAGGUUUCAAAACCAUGAAUUUUGUCAACAAACAUAAUUUAGGCAAUCCAGUAGCUGGGAAUUUUUAUCAGGCUGAGUACGACGAUUAUGUACCGAAACUAUAUGAGCAACUCAGUGGUUGA